AAUGAAUAACUAAUCACAGGAUAACACUAAAACAUAAAAUAUGAAGGACUAUAAGGCAUAGCAUAAAUUAGAAGACAGGAAGAAAAGAGUGCAACAAUAUAGAGAAAAAUACCCAGAGAUGACACCAAUGGUUGUUUAAAAGCAUCCAAAAGCCAAGAUAAUGUCAUUAACAAGACCAUAGUAUUUUGUUUAUAAUAAGGUAGAUUCUUGGUCAAUUAAACAGUCAAGUUUUCUGAUUUUAAAACCUAAAUCAGAGCCAAACUUUAAUUAUCGCCUUAAUAAACAUUGUUUUUCUAUUGCGGAAAUAAUAUAAUUUCUGAUGGUAAUUUAUCUAAUUAAAAAUAGAUAUUUCACUUCAAGAAUUAUAUAAUAAAUAUAAAGAUAAAGAAGACGAAUUUCUAUAUUUGAAUUAUUCUGAUUGCGAAGUUUUUGGGAAAUGA